GGGGGGGUAUAUGAUGCGACAUUCACCUCGUGGGACGACGCGCGCAGAUUCCGGACAUGCGGCUGACCCUGCGCCAGCGGCGACAGCGGAUGGCGCGCAUCUUCUGGGUGUACAUGGCCUCCAUGUUCCUGGAGAGCUCAACGUUCCAAUUCGCGAGCCACUCGCAGCGGCUGCUCUUCGGCAGCUGGUUCCUGAUGCUAGUCAUCCUCAUGAACACCUUCGUCGGUUACAUGGAGUCGGCGCUCAUGUUAAAGGAGGAGACCGACCGCCUGGACACCAUCGAGCAGCUGGCCCUCAGCCCAAAGGUCCGGCCCAUGGUCUUCGAAGCCGCCGGAUUCCUCAAGAUCAUCGAGGAGGCGGAGGGCUACGCGUUCGAGAAGGUGCUGGCCACCAUCAAGGAGUUCAGCGAGGGCCAGCAAGCCGAGGAAGAGGUGCGCGGGGAGGAGCUGUUUACGCCCCCGUACCUGCUCAUGGUGCUCAAGAAGGAGGCGGCCAUCCUCAUGGAGAGGAUAUCGCUGCUCGCGAGGGUGUCGCAGCACUGCUACGACGUCGAGCUCAAGGGCGAGGGGCUCUUCCACCUGGGCCGAACGCGGAUACUGCAGAUCAAGAUGGUCUUCUACGUCCGCAAGGAUUUGGAACCGAAGCUGCAGGUACGCGCGGGCACGGUACACAGAGCACGCCAAUCACGCACAUAGGGAGGGCGUCGUCGGGACCGCCAUCCUUGAGAUUCUGAAGUCACGAAUUAAAAGGGACAUAUCAGAUUAUAUACAUGAGCAUAUACCUGCCAACUCGAGAGCGUUAAAAUUCGUAAGAUUGGUGCGGCCAUGACAGGAGGGGGCGGCGGGCAGAUUACAUGACUUGCCGCAGGUGGGAAAUUCUUUUCGGCCACUUUCACUCCCCUCUAGCUUAUUUAUAUAUUUUUAUUUAACAUAAUUAAAACUUCCCCAAUGCUUUGUCUGCCUUAAUUUUCUGUUGUCCGUAUAGUACUGCGCGACUAAAAAAAAAAAAAGAAAAAAAGAAAAAAAUCGAGUCUCCAGGAUCCCCUCUACUUUGUUGCACGUUAUAGUACUUCACGGCGGAAGGCAAGAAUCGUUAUGUUUCUCUUUGAGACGAAAGGAGUGAGCGGCCAUGAACCGCACGCGAAAUUGCAUCGAGAUGGCCAUCUCGACGGACCGCGCGCGUCGAAGCGCCAAAAAUUAUGGUGAGGCAUUAAAAAUAAAAAUAAAAGCGACACAGGAAAUCUUGAGGACGGCCAGCUACAGAGCUGCACGGCCCGCUAUGCCGGAACAGAGUGCGAUAAGGAGGCGAGGGGGGUCCGCCACGAAGAGGAGGAAUGGCGCUGGCGCGAAACAGCCAUCGCUGUACAGACUCACGCUUAUAGACAGCAAUCAUAAUCCACCCAGAUUCUAGCUUACGGGCUGCACGCGGGUGGGAAAACGCCGCGGGAGGCGCUAAUUACGAAAGCGCGCGGGCGCAGCGUACAAUGCGCGUCAUAUUUUGCAUAAGUAUGGCGGCCUCUCUCUCAAGAAACAGACGCUUUCGCCUCUGUUUCUCGAGUGGGGCCCGCCACGAGGCGAAAGCCUCCCGGCGCAAUUUCCAUUGUCUUUCGGAACACGGACUGCAGUGUUUUCUUGCUUUCGCGUCAUUAUAAGGAGAAGGGCGUCCACACUUCCUCGUGCGAGUCUAGCUGCCUUGGAACACAGCAUGCGCAUCGCGUAUACAACCCGAUUCCCAGCGACGGCAAUCAACGAUAACCAUUGCGAAGAUAUGCCAGGCAGUCUACAACGCGAUUCUCAUGAGGGAGAUGGUUCCAACGCUGCCACAGCAAAAAUAAAACUAAAAGAUUUUGAUCGUGUGAAGAAGGCUUUAGCUGGCGCCAAGAGGCACCGCAAUCAAAAUAGACAAACCAGAUGCCUAGCAGGAUAGCGCGCAACUCGUUGACGCCGCAAGCUAACCUAUAACGACUGAUACUGGUCGCCGCAACACGGCGCACCACCAUUAGCGUUCACUGAACCGGUUGCUCACACCAUCGUUCGAAUUUGCGGUAAUCUACCCAGUGUGAAACAGUUAGCGUUGUUUUAGGUUCACAUGCUGCACACACUCAUAUGUUAUGAGAGACGCUGAAGUGGAGGGGGCGUGCUCGGAAUAAUAUCGAAUAAGAUGUAACGCGCCUGAACACGAGGUCGAGGGAUUGCUUCCAGGCCUUAAACGGCCGCGCUGCUGUGGUGGCGGGAUGCAGAAACGCUCGUCUAAGUGGCAGAAAUUAAACGAAGGAAUCUGUGUGUGUACGUGCGUGACCCGACGUCUAUAAGGGAAGCCUGUAGAUCGCCAUUCCACGGUGGGCCGGAUCCUGUCAACACCGCCCGGGAUCCUGUCCAGAGACGUUUAACGCGCUGAAAGUACAUGUAGGUCUCCCACGCUCCCGCUGCUUUCGGCCCCACUUGUGCCAAUUUCUGGCCGACAAGCUUUCACAUGCGCGACCCACGACGGAGCUGCAGCUAAUAUGACGAGCGGUUCUAUUCUGACUCAAUCUUCCGCCGCUGUCAAACUUUAGUCGAGUCGCAACGUGUGGGGUAGGCUCGACAACAACGAGAUGGGACGUGUAUAUGAGCAGCUAGACCGUGCCGCUGUGCGCAGUUGCUUCCAGGUCUCGCAACAUCUCGCAACAAAAGACGCCGUUCAUGUACUGAUCGUCGUAGAUUUUCUUGCUGCUCUUCUAUAUCUGAAUGAGCGUUUAGAUCGCUUCGUCGAUACAGCAAUCUCCUCCGUUACGGACACAACAGAAAACUGAUACUCAAUAGUUGACACACGUGAACGCCUACCUCACAAAGUGUCACGUGUGCAAAUGCCGGGCUGCACCGCCUCGCGAGACCUGUCAGGUCUAAUUUCACUAUUUCCACGUCACGAGUGCCCCGGCAAGACAAGCAGCAGCUGCUUCCAGCGCGGCGACACAUAAAUAUGACAGCGUUCGCCAGCCUUCACACACAGCACCAGCGCACAGCUGCUCCCGCCCACCUUGAUUGAAACAUUUUAUACGUGCGAUGCUUGGACACGAUGGAAAGACGAGUGAAUUCCUACGCUGCUCUAUCUACGCACACUGUGUUUCUUCAAAAUGUGCGUACAAACAUAGGUGAGGGCUGUCUUCCACUAAUUUAGCUCAUAGCGUGCCAGUAUCCGCUCUACGGACGAACGUGUAUAUAGCCGCUGCUGAUGUAACAAAUGCUCGACCGCAGUCAAAUUUAGAAAAAUAUUUAAAGCUUGUACCGGUCAAGAUCCCUAAGAUAUCUACUCCCGUUUCCUUUAAUUUAUUCAUUAUUGUUAUACAUGCCCUAAAGGCCUACGUUACAGGAUUCGAUAGCCUACAUAAAACAAGUGCGUUGGUGGUAAAACGUUAGUGCAUUGAUUGCUGUAUCAGAUUCAGUAAAUAGAGACAUGGGAACACAUCCUUCAAGAGCAACGGAAGGGGAAACAAAAUAUAAGAGAAAUUAACACACCAAACUCGACGCGAGAAGAAAAUUGAGUCAGCAAACACGAUGGGACUUAAAGCUUGCAAAUAUGUGUUUUUUCUGCUCUGCAAACCAAAUCCGUCAGCAAAUUUAGAUUUCCAAUGACCUAUACGAAAACAAGCCUACUUGAAGCCGUUAUUACAGGUUAUAGGGCCAAAUUCAAGUGUUACCCCUUUUGUGCCUUUAGUCACUGCUAGCUCACGUGGUUUGUUCUCUUGUUGGAUACCACAAGAGCCUACAAAACACUUUAGCCUAUAUAAGGGUCAGAUUAUGGCGGGCCUCAGUGUAUUCAUCGCAAACUGUUCGGAUAGCCUUACCGGUGAGAGCUAGCUACUUCGAAGAUCGGCCCUUACAUCAGCUUUCGCCAAAAUAUUUGACAGCGGUCUCUCACUGCCGUGUAGGACGAAAUCUUCCGUCGAGUCCGCUGGAUCAUGGACACCGGCCUGAACCUGUACUGGCACGAGGACCUGGUGCCGGACCCUGGACCGUGCUGGACGCGCUUCCAUCCGGACCACCUGCACGACUACCAGCCUCUAAACUUUAAGGACUUCGCGGCCAUUUUCUACAUGAUGCUCGUGUCGCAGGGCUGCGCAUGGCUGGGAUUCCUCGUGGAGCUGGUGUUGUACUUACUGCUGCUGCCUGAAGACUCGCAUCGAGCUGGACCACGACA